AUGUGCCUUGCAAAUGGCUGGCAUCAAGUCCAGGGUGUACCCCACCCCUUGUCCAAAGUCAGCGGCGAUAUCCUCCAGCUCGCCCACGUCCCUUACUUAUAGUUGUUAGUACUUUGGUCAGGAGAUUAGAGCCUGCACCUCGCUGUCCAUCCAGGCGUGAGUAUGUUGACAGCUGUAGACCUGUCAAAUGUGAUGGAUGAAAUAAAAAGCUGUGAGUAGCCGUCCAAUCAGAUAUGUUCAGCGCUGCAGACCCCACCCUAAAAGUUCCUAAACCUUUUCGAAAGUACCCAGAGCAGGGACUCUCAGGAGUUGGCAAAUCUACCAGUAGUUGGUGGUCGGCCGUGCAUUUGGUACUAAGUGGGGACUGACCCGAUUUAAUUCACCUCUUAAUACAACCACUAUCACUUAUUAUAGAAACCAUCAAUACUGUACAAAAACGAUAGCUCACGAUGUCUAGGUUUUCUGGAAAGGUCCACCUUAAAAUUGGAUUUUAAAGUACUGUGUGUCAGAGAACAAGUCAAUUGCUUCUCCUGUCAGCCAUCGUGGGGGUAAAAAAAAUUCAAAUGUAUUAAGGUGUGCAGAUUGCUGCAGACGUGUUUUGCAAGUCGAACCUGGCUGUAACAGUUUUGCUCUCACCAACCAAUCAGAGGAUGAAAAAAUGCUGACAUUAUUGUGGGCCAGUUCGAAGGUCCUCUGAGGCGAAUUUGAAAUUGCAUUAGUUAAAGAAACAGUCCCAUUGCUGGCAUAGUUUAAGUUCAGAUCUCAGCACAUAGAGACUGAAAUCGGAUCCAUCCACGUGAACGUACUGGAACAGGUGCAGUCAAGAGAAAUGCUCCAAAAUGAAGAGAAGAGACUUUUAGAAAACUCUGACUAACCAAAAUCACAAAGUUUUAAAAAUCAGUUUCAGAUUUGAGUUGAAAGCUGUGUUGUGUCAACAGCCCCAUCAGUCACAGACAUUGGACACAUUAACAUAAUAGAAGAACAGGAGGCAACCUGAGCAGAGAGGCUGCUCAGCCAACCUGAAAUGGACUGAAGUGAGAUAGCUAACUAUUAUUCCCAUGACUGUGUCAUUCGCCGCCGUGUUAUUUAAGGACCUCUUCCAAGAGGCCGGCUGAUUGGAGGAAAAUUGAGCCUUUCAAAAGACAUAAAUUCAAGGUCUAAAAAGAGCAAUAAAUAUAGAGUGCUGUGCAAAAGUCUUUGGCCAUCACUAGCUUUGCUGUUUUAUUGGCUUGAGUUAUUUUGAUAUAUUGUAGAACUAAUGCAAUUAACAAUAUUAUGCAAAAACCAGGGUGAAUGAUGCCUCGCACCCAAAGUCAACUGGGACAAGCUCCAGCACACAGGUGACCCUAAUGAAGACAAGUGGUAUCCUGUAGAAAAUAGAUGGAUGAAAGUUUUUUUUUUUUUUUUUUUAAACCUGUCCUGUUCAGCUGUAUUGCCUUGCAGAAUGGUGGCUCUGUAUGCCUUUUGUGCUGGAACAGUUUUGCUGUACAACGGGAAUUAGAAAUACUCCCUCUGCAUUUAGUGAAAAUGCACCCGGACAGAGAAGGGCUUUAGCGGACAGACAGAGGGACAGAGUGGACAAGGGGAAUAGGGGUGAGAACCACAGUAGAACAAUAGCGAGAGUGUGAACAACUGAAGGGGAAAAAAAAAAAAGAUGGAUGAAACUUUUGCAACGGACAUUUGCAUUAAUUAGGGACAUGUCGGCGGGACGGUGAAUGACUGGUUAGCACAUUGGCCUCACAGUUCUGAGGACCGGGGUUCGUAUGUCAAGGCACAACUGUAUCUCUUGAAAUUGUGCAGGUGUAGCUUAUAAAGAGUCCAGUGAUUGUAAAUGGUAAAUUGGCUUUAACUUGUUCAAGGCAGUCAAAGCACUGAGUGCCUUGAGAACAAUGAAUCACAACAUAGGGAACACUACAUUUGUAUUUUCAUAUUAUUCUGUUACUUAAGUGUGACAUUUUCAUGAGACUGAGGCCUGAACUUCUGCUCGCUAACCAACAUACAGUAGUUGUGUAUAUGAAUCUCUCCAUGUGCAAAAGCAGAGCACACACUUUACAGUGCAUGCAUUCAUUGUGAGUUUGUCAUUCACUAUAGAGCAUCCUCGUGAUAGCACAGAGGCAGACUUUGUGCACACUCUGCAUGCACCAGUAUGCCGUGCGGCACAAGAAAGCUCCACAGGAUUAAGAGAAGCCGCUCUAUUACUCUUUAUUGUUUUUUUGUUUUUUUUUAUCCAGACUAGCGGUCAUUACUGGCUGACAGCAGUCUGUCGACAUGUAGGCGGGAAUCUUCUUAGCUUGCAGAUUACAAUCCCCCCCACUAGCCCCCCGGUGUCUAUAUUCUCCUCCCCUUCAUGUACCUGCACAUGUCACAGGAUGUAAGCAUAUCAACAGGGCAUUGGCAGAGGAAUACAUUGGAGUGCUGACUUGCAGAAUGACACACGCUUUGAGUUGCUCGUUGCUGAGUGACAGCAAAACUGUCAGGGAUGUGAUGCCAUCUUUUCAUGGGGGAGGGUGGGACGCGGGCAGCCGCAUGAAUAGCGAGGAGGGUACCUGGGAGGCAUCUCUGGGCUUGUCAGACACAAGAAAUCUGAUCCACGCUGCCAAGAAUGACUACUUGUGUGACGAGGAAAGCUGAAAAUAGCAAAUUACAAAUGAAAGUUGCUUUGCAGAAAGAAACCCCAAGUGGGAUGCAUAACGUGAGACUGUUUAUUGCUCUUUAUAGCUGGACAGCUUGUAGUUUCUGUCAAACUGCUGAUGCCUGAUCUUGUAGGUUGCAAUUAUUUGCCCUUUUCCACCUCCCGCAUCUCUCCCCUAAAACCCCCUCUGGUAGCCAAAGCAGCAUUUAAUUGCGGAGGGCUGAGCCGGGGUAAGGAGUAAUCAGAUGAGGACGCAGGCAGGGGGAGUCACGUGGGCACACAUUCUGACUAACCACGGAUUAAUAACUGGUAUCUUGAUUGGAGUUCAGCUGCUCUCCCUCCUGGAGCGGGAGGGAGGAAGGGGUGGCGGAGUGACGAAAAGGCAAGGAAAAGCGAGAAGAGUGGGACCGUUACAAUGACACAAGACGAUAAAGGACUGGCAGUGGCGAGAGAAAAACAGGGAGAGAUGAGGGCAGCGAGUUAGAGUCGUGAGAGGGAGUGGGAGGAAGAAAGAGUGGGAAUUGGAGGCAGUGCAGUGCAGAGCAAAGGGGGGGGGGGGAGUGGGGGGGCAGGGAAAAGAGAGAGAGCGAGAGAGCUGUAGAGACGAGAAGCCUCUGCUGCUGUGAGCCAGUGAGACGCUGGAGGGGUGGAAGAAGAGACGCAGGUCCAAAAGAGGGGCUGAGGGGCUCCAGAGGCAGCAGUCCGGGGAGAAGGCAGAAAAAGGAGGCAGGGUGAUAACAGGAAACAAGCCUCGGGUGGUUUAGGAAUGAGCUGCAAGUGAGAGCAAAUUGGAGAAAAGUUGUACAGAAAAAGGCAGGAGCGGGAAGCGAAGACAGAUUGCGGAGUAACAGCCUAAGUUGAUGGUAAAAGUGGGAGGAGAUUUAUGGCAAAAGAGAAGGAAGCUCUCACCAUCUCAGGAGUCCUUCCCCCCCGUGCUUCUCGUGGACAUCAUCCGUCAGCAUGUUCUCUGACAGCAGGGCUCCGGCGGCCAGGGAGCACAGAACAUUCAAGCCUCACGCCCCUCACUUCAUCCCGUGGCUGCGCAACAGUCUCAAGCCCCAGCAAAGUGGUGAUCUGGGGCUCAACGGGCCGUACAAAUCUAAUCCCGAGCUCCAUCACAACCUGGCCCCUCUGGAGAGAACCAAAGGGAUCGGGAUCUUCUCCAUCCCGGGGAAGAACAAGGCGAAGAAGAGUGAGCUGCGUUGCAAUGGCGUGGGAAUGGCUAGGAUGCUGCCGGUGGUACUGAGGGGCCAUCACAUCUUGGGGAAACAGAAGGAAGGCAGCCCCACAAAGCUCAAGCACUCCUCGGAAGUGGAACUAGAUCCCAUUAGCCACGCGAGCCUCAGUGACUCUCCGACAUCUGGCUCCCCGGUCGCAAAAUACGGUCCCCUUGUGGAAGGUCCCCCGGUUCCUGCACCUGCUCUUCUAAUCGAGGGUCCAGACUCUAAGGUUGGCGUCUGCAUGGACGAGAGGAGGGAGGACAUUUGGGACUACACCAGCCAUGUUAUUCAUCAGAGAGACCUGCAAUCAUCUGUCUGGCUCAGUUCAAAUCCUCAGGGAGCCUCAAAAGUUGGACAGCGUGGCUUCAGAUCCAGUUUCAGCCGGAACUGCCACAGCCAUAGAGAUCUGAGUGUGCUCAGAGAUCCACCUGUGGAGGGCUCCAGUGCCCCGCUCAAUGGAGUCAUUUUCUCCACUGAGGUUCCUCACAAAGGUCUGGGCUUUACCACCACUCUGCGAGGUCCAGGGAAACACGGCAAGCACAUCGCAGCAUUGGGCCCGAAUCAUGCCAGGUGGGUCCGGCACAAACCAAAGAGUGAGGAAGAAUCACACAGAAAGGGGCCGGAUUGCAAAAGAAAAGUGGUUCGGAACCAGCUGAAGCGAGUGAUGGACAACCUGGAGCAGGUUCUGACUGCACUGAGGGAUGUUCAGCAGGAAAUGAAAGAGAUGCUGCUCAAGGCUCAGCUGGACUACUUUUCAUUAUCCAUUUAUGGUCGGGGCCCUCGCGUUGCACAUUAUCCGCAUUUCAUCUGCAUCCGCCGGGUCAGUGAUAAAUCUCAGGUGGUCCAUCAGAUCGAUUAUCUGACCUCCUGCAUAGACCUGGAUGAAGAACAGCAGUAUCAGGCAACAGGAGGCGAGAGCUGCUCCUCUUCGGGCUCCCAUGAGGUGACGGUGAUCAGCGCUUAUCCGAGGCCCUCGGUGUCCGUCGACCACCGAGGAGCCACUUUCGCCCUGAGGAGAGACCAUCCCAGCGGGGGAAGAUCGCCUCCAAUUGAGUUGCCAUGCCAACUGGGCACUGAGUUGACCAGAACUCUUCGGUUUGAAAGUUCUCCCCAACGAGGAGGGCUGCUAACGUUGGUCAACAAUCCCGAUUUCUCUACUCAGCCGCUCCCCACAGUGUCCCCUCAAAGAAGUCUCCCCGUUCGGCCGCCCACACCCGGACUCUCCCCGCUGACGGUCAAUCUCCAUGCGCCUGGCAGCCCCAAGUCUCCUCCGUCCUCUCCAGGAGGCUCGUCCUCCGUCAUGAUCAGCCCCAUCUCCCCGGUGUCCCCAAAGUGUCAUCCGACCGCCGUGCUCGGCCCAUCUGUCAUCAUCGAGCUGCCGCGAAGCGACCACCAGGCGACCGUGCGCUUCUGUCGAUCCGCGACAUCUCGACACCCGCCUGCCAGCUGCCCACCCACGGACUCGGAAACGCCGGCACACGCCGACAAAGAGAGGCGAGCGUCCUCGGCGGGGCCGCCUCUCGCCGGGGCUGCGAGACCGCCAUCGCGGCAAGGCUGCAGGGCUCGCAAGCCUCCGCCUUACCCUCAUCACAGACUCUCAGACGCUGCAAAGACACUGCAGGAUCCCCGCAAAGCUCCUCCGUACCCCGAGAAGAGAAGACUGCUCUCAACCAUGGUGUGAGACUGCGGCUCCUCCAACAAUGAUUUCCAUCCAACAGGAGAGUUUCAAGGCCGGGCCACAUCGAGCUGAGACAGACCAGGUUUCCAAGGUGACAGGACAUAGACUUGGGCCAUCACCUGGAUGUGGUUUACUUCCUGUUGGGACCACCGAGGGAUGCCUGACUGGUGGUUGGGGGGGCCUGCUAAAACCAUUUCCUCAACCUACAUGGGCCGCUGGUGGAGCGAGAGGUGACCCAGCAAAGCAAACAAGGGAGGUGGCAGGAACACCGAGAGAACGUCCUGAAUGGUGGAAGGAGGCGUGGCCACAACAAUUGCUCAGGAAGACAAUCCAAAAACAUCAUCUCUCUCAUGAAACCCAAAUAAAGUUUCAACCUUU